AUGGACGACACGUCCGGCUACAAGCGGCCGCCCAUCAAGGCCAACCAUGCGAUCUCUGUCCCCGGUUCCACGGACGCCAGGCGUGGGUCUGGAGCGUCGGUGUCUGUGGCGAGGCAGUCGCCCGAGCUUGACCGUCGGACGACUCCAACGCGGUCGAUGUCUCCUGCGCGGCAGCGUGUGUCGCCGUCGAUGAACGAGCUGUCGACCAUCCUCGGCGUGGCGCGGACGUCGGGCGGGACGGCGCGGAUCGGACGGCGGCCAUCGCCGCGCGAAGUUGGCUCGUUCACGUCGUCUGCGUAUCACUCGGACCUGUACUCGUCGCUGCCGCACUCGUCUGCGGCGCACCAAAAGCCGCGGCCCGGGACGGCGCCGUACCCGAGGCACUCUUCGGCCAAGACCAAGGGAGUCGGUGCGCUGGCGACCGGGGUCAAGUCGUCGGGGGCGUCUUCGGUGGUCUCGUCGUCCACCGGCACGCCAAACCCGUCGGCGACGUCGCCGGACGACGACGUUGGCUCGGCCUUUUCCGCGCCCGAGCCUGUGGCGCUCGGGCUGGACCCGCCAAGCGCGGCGCGGAUGCGGCCGACGCUGCUCUCGCGGACGGCGGCGACGAGCCCGGGCGCCGCCGGGCGGACGUCGUCGCGGGCGACGUACCCGUCGUCGUCAGCGGGCGGCUCGCUCGUGGCCGAGUCUGUCUCGCGGCAGUCUGCGGCUGCCGGCGGGUCCAACUCGCCGUACGGCGACAUGCGCUCGCCGCGCUCGCCGCUUCCGGCAUCGAUGGCCAUGGCCUCGCCGCGGACGUCGACGAGCGCAAGCGCGAGCGCGACUGCGACUGCGGUGAUGGCUCCAAGCACGCCCACAACUGUGACCGCGGCCGUGGGCCCAGGCGCUAUCUCGAGCGCGCGGAGCGACGGCGCGCCCACGGCGCUGAUGCAGACGCUGCUUGCGGCGACGCCGUCGGCGCUUGCGGCAGACUGCACCGAGGAGCAGCUUGAUCUCAUCAUUUCCAAGCUCCGGGCUGCGCGCGAGAUCACCGCGUCGCAGCGGAUGUCGGGCACCGAGGGCUCGCCUGUCCUUGUGACGUCGCCGGUGGCGAUUUCUGCGGUGCCGGUCUCGCCGGUGCCGGACGUGCGAGCGUCUGUGGUUGACUCGUACGAGGGGCCGUCGUCGUCGUCGACGACGUCUAACCUCGGCUUGGCGUCGACGGCGCGCUUCCUCAAGGAACAGCUCGACAGGUUCGAGGAGGAGAUUGCUCGAGCGCGGCUGACGUCUGCGGGUGUGGCCCGAGCGGAGCCGAUGCGUCACACCCGGCCUGUGGCUCCGGAGCCCGAGGCGCGUGGCGGCGAGCCCAUCUCGUCCAUGGGCGAGCUUUACAACUCGUACUCGCAGCUCUCGACCUCGCCGUCGCGCAACGGCACGUAUGCCUUCCGCUCGCGACCGUCCAAGGACUCCGCGACGGCCCGGUCGGGCAUCGAGAUUGUGCAGGCGCCCGCCCAGCAGGUCACCCGCCACACCGCUCCCAACCCAUCGCGCAUGUACGACCUCCUUUCGCCGCGCUCGCAGAACUCACCGCGCUCCGCCUUCUCCACUCCCACCUCGCGCCAGUCGUCAGGGCGCGCCUCGCCGGCCCAGCCGCGCCAGUCUGCCGCUGUCAACUAG